UCAUCAUCAUCAUCAAUAUCAUCAUUGUUAUCUGAUGAGGAAUACCUAUUGAAAUAUUUAUUUGAGGAUUACAAUCCAUCAGCUCGGCCCGUCAUGCGUUCGAACCAGGUAGUCGAGGUUAACCUGAGAUUCUCUCUUCUUCAAAUUCAAGAACUGAACGUACGUAACCAGAUCUUAACAUCGACCGGCUUUCUUAUUCUAGAAUGGUCAGACGAAAGACUGGCGUGGAGUAAAAAUAUAAGCAGCCUGGAUGAACUCGUUGUCAAAGGCGAUAAUAUAUGGACGCCAGAAUUUGCAGUUAUCAAUGGGGUGGAUAGCAUAUACGGAGAGUACAGUGAAUUCCAGGCCAUCAUCAAGCCGAACGGAACCAUCAGAUGGGAGCCUGGAGGCAUCUUUAAGACCAUGUGCAGUAUCAAUAUCGCCUACUAUCCUUUCGAUACUCAAUCAUGCGUCAUGAAAUUCGGAGCCUGGUCGUACAUAACGACGAAGAUGAAUCUAUCGACUACAGAAACCAGCGUCAGGCGGGACACCUAUGAAGAGAAUGGUGAAUGGGAGGUCAUUCGCCAGGAGUUUGCAUUUGAAGACUUUCCGACGGCUCGCUACUCCUACAUCCAGUUCUCAAUCGAGCUGAAGCGAAGACACACCUUCUACAUAAUGAAUGUUAUAGUUCCUGGCCUCCUUACUUCAACAGUUCUACUCUCACUUUUCUACUGCGUUCCAUCGCAAAAAGUGCACAUAGGUGUGGCCGCACUGCUUUCAUUCAGACUCUUCCUUGUUAAUGUAGCCGAUACUGUGCCCAGAACCUCUGAUCAUGUUCCUCUCCUGGGCGUAUACCUAACAUGUACGAUGGCAAUCACAACUCUGGCAAUGGUGGCAACAGUCUUCGUCGGUAAUUUGUACGAGAGGAAAGAUAGACCAGUCCCCAAGUGGGUCAAGACCCUUUUGUUUGGGCACAUGGCAAAAAUACUCUGUAUGAGACAUCAUGUG